UCAAUGGUUCUGAUGAAGAUUCGUGAGAUUGCUGAAGCUUACCUUGGCUCUGCAAUUAAGAAUGUCGUUGUUACUGUCCCUGCUUACUUUGUUGAUUCUCAGCGUCAAGCUACCAAGGAUGUUGGUGUUAUUGCUGGUCUUAAUGUCAUGCGAAUCAUCAAUGAGUCCACUGCUGCUGCCAUCACAUAUGGGCUAGACAAGAAAUCAACAAGUGUUGGUGAAAAGAAUGUCUUGAUUUUUGACCUUGGUGGUGGUACUUUUGAUGUCUCUUUGCUUACUAUUGAAGAGGGUAUCUUUGAGGUGAAAGCCACUGCCGGAGACACCCAUCUUGGAGGUGAGGAUUUUGAUAAUAAAAUGGUGAACCAUUUUGUUCAAGAGUUCAAGAGAAAGAACAAGAAGGACAUCAGCGGUAACCCUAGGGCACUCAGGCGAUUGAGGACUGCAUGUGAGAGGGCGAAAAGAACUCUUUCAUCUACUGCCCAGACUACCAUUGAAAUUGACUCUCUAUUUGAGGGAAUUGAUUUCUACUCCCCUAUCAACUCUCAUUAUUAUUAUUCAUUUUAA